GAGGGUUCAUGUGCACAGAAUGACGUCGCACUGCAAGUCUGUCUGACUCCUUCGCUGUUUUUAUCAGUCAUUCUAUCGAAGGGCUAGAAAAUCAUAAAUCUGCGGAAUUAUAGUCGUCCGAUCUAUAUGUCGCUCUCGAUCGGUGUGUCAAAGCAGCGUCUUGAUGUUGAGGAUUACGAGUGAUACAGGCUACGCAGCUCAGCAGAGUUCUAGCCUACUGUUCUGUGCGUUGAGCUGUCAGAACUGAAACUAGUGGAUGUAUGGCAAGAGAAAAUGCAGAAUAGCUGAAGUGGGGGAUAUUGUAAAGAAGAAGAAAUAAGGUACAGGCUUGGUUUCGUGUCUUCAUUCUCUCUUCUGGAUUAUUGCCGCCCAGCAACACAGCCACUUGACAAAUCUGAAUGUCGUAAUUAAGGUAAAUCAAUGACCCAGCGAUGGAGACCAAAAGAUACCCAAGUUUCUUCGAAGGAUCCACGGACACAGAGAAGAACAGAUGGUCCCAUGUCCCCAGCAGUGCCAUGGACUACUGCUGCAGCGGAGCCGAGGAGGCCGACAGCCUGAACCUGAACAGCAACAGUGAUGUCCUGAUGGACAUAGUCAAUGUCAGCUGCUCCCCCAGCAGCAACACGGCCGACAGCAAGGAGAGUAACAAUAACAACGAAGAGAAGAAGAAGCCAGAGCAGCAGCCUAUCAAACUGACCCAGAACCAACACCAGCCUUUUGUUCUCCCCCUCUUUAACAGUUCCCUCCAUGGGAGGAAGCCAGAGAUGAUGGACUCCAAGGAGCUGUCCAAAACUGUGGCUGAGUCCAUGGGCUUGUAUAUGAACGCGGCCAGGGAGGCCACAGACUUUGGCGGCUUCGGCCCAGGGGGUCAUUGUAGUCCGGAGAUGUACCCAGCGGGAGUUUGCGGGCGCCCCUGUCUCGAGGACAGCCAGUGUGCUGCGUCCGCGGGGCCCAAGGUGAAGUCCCCUUCUACGGGGUUCCCGAAGCAGCCAAGCUCCACCCCAGGGGAUUGCUGCUCAUCUGGAACCACAGCAGGGUCAGGUCUUGGCUUGUCUCUGUCCUGCAGCCCCCAGACGCCCAGCUCCAUCUCCAGCCCCGGGGGCAGCAACAACCUAGUUUCGUCCACCACCAGCCCCACCUGCUGGGGGCCGUUCGCCUGUACGACCAUCAGUAACCCCGUCAACCAGCAUAACGCUGUCGCAGCUCUGGCCCACAACCACGUCCACAGGAGGAACUCGGUCACCUGCAGCCCGGCAGGCUCCAGCACGGUGGGGUCGCCUCCCCUCAAGCCACUCAACGUGAUGCGCUCGCCCAUCUAGCCCCAGAGCAUGAGCAGCGUGCGCUCCCCACCGUCAUGCAGCACCUCUACCAACAUGAGGUCAUCGUCUGUCUCCAGCCCCACUGGCAGCACCAACAACAUGAGAGCUUCAUCAUCUAUCUCCAGUCCGACCACCGGGGGCCCCAUGGCAAUGUCCUUGAGCCCCAGGAACCCCUCUGGCGGCGGGGGUGGGUUUGCUGUGUCUAGCCCUGCUAGUGAACUGGGCCUGGUCCAGAAUGACUCCAACAGUCGAGGAGAAAGAGACCAGCAGGACUUCAAGGAGUUUGAGUUCCCCAAGGUGGAGAGCGUGGAGGGGGAGAUGUACGUAGGCCUGGACCACAUGGGUAUGGUGAAGUUCAUCAAGAAUGAACCCGACACGGACUAUAGGAGCAUGUGUCUGGGUAAUGGUAGCAACAACACAAAGUGUAACCAGGCCACCGGCUGCCCCGGCAAUGGCUCACCUUUCAUCACACAGAUAAAAAGUGAGCCAAACAAAGAUGGCGGCGGAUGCAUGAAUCCUCAGUGCUACACUGAGCAGCAGCAGCAACACUCUAUGGGUCUCUUCCAGUCAGGUCCGUCCGAGAUCACCUACUUGUCUCUGAGGGACAACAUUGACGAAUACAGUCUCUCUGGGAUUGGGACCUCCGGCACGGAGAUGAAUGGCAGUUACGAAGCCGGCGUGUUCCCCCACAACCUCCUGUCUAAAGUUAAACAAGAGAACAACGAUGGCAGCUACUACCAAGAGAACAACAACAACGUUGUGCCCACCUCGGCCAUUGUGGGUGUUAAUUCAGGCGGACACUCGUUUCACUACCAGAUCGGAGCYCAGGGGACAAUGUCUUUCUCACGGCACGACRCAAGGGAUCACGGGACGAACCCCUUGUUGAAUCUAAUUUCGCCUGUUACRGCGUUAAUGGAGUCGUGGAAAUCUCGGCCCGGCAUGUCGCAGGGUCCAAGAGGAGAAGGCUAUCCAGGUCACGGCUGCAUGCCAGACAGCAUGUCAAGCGCGUCGCUGAGACACCCGUCGUCCACAGCCAAAGUGUGUCUGGUUUGCGGGGACGAGGCAUCGGGAUGUCACUACGGGGUUGUUACAUGCGGCAGCUGCAAGGUCUUCUUCAAGAGAGCCGUAGAAGGCCAGCACAACUACCUGUGUGCCGGAAGGAAUGACUGUAUCAUCGAUAAGAUCCGGAGGAAAAACUGUCCGGCCUGUCGAGUACGGAAGUGUCUCCAAGCCGGGAUGAAUCUCGGAGCGCGGAAGUCUAAGAAGCUAGGCAAGCUGAAGGGUGUGAACGAAGACUCYACCCCCACCAAGGAGGGGGGGCAGACGUGCCCUGGAUCUGGAGGUGGAGGGGGGUACUUAUCCUCGGGAGAGAAGGAGCUGAGCACCAGCCCCACUAACGCCCUGGUGCCCCACGGCCCUGGAGGUGGGCUGGUGACCCCAUACCUGCCCCCGUCCAUCUGCAGCGUGUUGGAGCUGAUUGAGCCAGAGGUGGUGUUUGCGGGCUACGACAACACCCAGCCUGACACCACCGACCACCUGCUGUCCAGCCUCAACCAGCUGGCUGGGAAACAGAUGAUCCGRGUGGUCAAGUGGGCCAAAGUACUUCCAGGUUUCCGGGGCCUGCCCAUAGAGGACCAAAUCACCCUGAUCCAGUACUCUUGGAUGUGUCUGUCCUCCUUCAGUCUCAGCUGGAGGUCRUACAAACACACCAACGGACAGAUGCUCUACUUCGCCCCCGACCUCGUCUUCAACGAGGACCGCAUGCAGCAGUCAGCCAUGUACGACCUGUGUCUGGGCAUGAGGCAGGUGAGCCAGGAGUUUGUCAGGCUACAGCUCACCUACCAAGAGUUCCUCUCCAUGAAAGUGUUGCUGCUGCUCAGCACAGUUCCCAAAGAGGGUCUAAAGAACCAGGCAGCGUUUGAGGAGAUGAGAGUGAACUACAUCAAGGAGCUGAGGAGGUCUGUGGGRAAGGCCACCAACAACUCUGGACAGACGUGGCAGCGCUUCUUCCAGCUCACCAAGCUACUGGACGCCAUGCAUGAUCUGGUGGGGAACCUGCUAGACUUCUGUUUCUACACGUUCCGUGAGUCUCAGGCUCUGAAGGUGGAGUUUCCAGAGAUGCUGGUGGAGAUAAUCAGUGACCAGAUACCAAAGGUGGAGUCGGGCAACACACACACCCUCUACUUCCACAAGAAGUGACUGUACUGAGUCCUUGGGAGGAAGAGAGGAGAGAGUGAAUGAAAUAACGAGAGGGGGAGGAGUGGGAGAGGAGGAAGGCCAAGGAAGGACCCUAGCCUCAGGAGUGGCCUAACUACUAUGCCAGCCAGUCGAUCUGCUGCCCCCUCCCCUUUCUCAAAUGGGACAGGAAGUGACACUUGAGGGGCAGGAAGUGAGGUGGAGGAAGUUGAGUCCCCCACACUGCAGUCUCCGUCCGCCGGUUAGAGGUGACGCUGAGUGAGUGACAUCUCAGAGCCAAGGAAAACGCACUGAGGAGGAGGACUUUUUAAAAUGUGACAAAGAAGCAUCCCGACCCUUAGAGCCCCCACCCCCCCAAAGACGAUGAUAAUGUUUUUCUAUGGAUACGAAGCCAUACAUUUUUUUGGUUGCGCUACAGUCCAUACAUUCACACAGACCCACGUGUACAGUAAUGCAGCACGCACACAGGUAGACAGUAACAUACACCAUCAAACCAUCCUGAAAAAUGUCAGAUGAUAACUGUGCUUUUGCAUUGAUUCAUGGAUACUAGUACUACUACUCUGACAAUAUGGAAAACAAUGCUUAGAUGUUGCUAUGCAGUGUAUUGUCAUUAGGUUACAUGGCAACAUAUACUUUUUUCAUGACAAAGAAUAAAUGUAGGGUUUCUGUGAGAGGAUCAAGGUCUAUUUGAACAUACUCCAAGGGCUAUACAAGCUUAACAAUAAACUGAAGUUGCAUAAAAAGCUAACCAAUUCCACUUUUGUUCUGCAGGGGUGUGCAUUACAACAUCCAAAUGCCCACAACUAAAAUUGUUUUAACGUUGUAUAACGAUCAAAAACGUAACUCUUAUUAAUAUGCAAAAACUUCAAAAUGAAYWAUUUUCAAAGUAWGGUGUUUUGUGUGAAAAAAGUUGAGUAACAGUUAAGUGAAUCUGCCAUGUCAUACGUGAAGGCUUUCUGAUAUAUAUAUUAUUAACUACGCAACAUUUGUCAAUAGAUGAAUUCCAUCCAAAAUAGGUGCGGGAGUAUGGAAAAACCUGAUGGAUUCACAAUGACGACUUUCCCUCACAUCGUAAUGCGUUUGACGGAGGUACACCCAAUUAGUGAUCCAGGGGUUCUCAACUUUUUGGGGCCGCGCCCUCUCUUCAUAGCAAAUUCAUCAGGAACCCAUUCAUAAUCAGAACACAACUCUAAUGACWAAAAAUAACAUACAAUUAUUUUUACUGGGACUUUGGCAGUGCAUGGCUGGACGAACCAAGUCUUGGGCCCUGGGAAAGACCAUUUUAAGAGGCCCUUGGCAUCGGAGAGAAAACGUUGCCAUUUUCAAGGUCAUUUCCUGCAAUUCUACACAUUUUGUCAUGGGGCUGAUUUUUCGUUAUUAUAGCUUUAAAGCUAAUAUCCAAAAAUUCUACACAUUUUGCCAUGAGGAAGAGAMWAAACUUAGCUGUUUAAAGCUUGAAUUACAGUGCAUUUAAAUUUGGGGGGAAUACAAGAAUAAUUAAUUUGGAAUAUUGAUAAUUGGUUGAGUACUGUGGAUACCAAUAUCCCUGUGAGCCUCCCAGGCCCAUGUUCCCCAGGGUUAAGAACAUAAAUUGUACAGUAGAUUAAUAAUAUUGUAUUACACCCUUUUUAUAGUAUUAUUCCAAAGAUCCCUUGGCCCAGAUGUUUAAUCUGUUUGUAAUAAUAAAAAUAAAUAUAUAUUUUGAGAUGUGGAGCCCACUUUGAGAACCCCUGAGUUAUACAGUAUAGUGAAAACAUCAGAGCACCCAUUUCUUGGUCUAUUUCUACAUACUUACAGUGCAUCCAAACCAGCACCCUUUGUGAAGUCAACCGACACUUAUCUACCGUUUCCAGAAAUAAUAAUGAAGCAUUUUGUAAGKGUGUUGUUGCAAAGGUUUUCGGUUUCAUAAACCAGACAUUUUACACCUAAGGUGCUUCUUUUUGUAAAGGCAAAGAUGAAAUAACACUUUUCUGGUAACUAACACAUGUACAAUUAUCAGCAUUAGAUACAGGGUUGGGUAGGUUACUUUCUAAAUGUAAUCUGUUACAGUUACUAGCUACCUGUCCAAAAUGUUCAUCAGUAACGUAUUUUGGUAUUACCCAAACUCAGUAACGCAAUCUGAUUACUUUCAGGUACUUUUGGAUUACUUUCCCCUUAAGAGACAUUAGAAGACGACAAAAAUAAUCCAUCAAACGCAUUGUGUGUGUCAUCAGUGGUCUCCGACUUGUGAUCAGACCUGCUCAGGUGGAACAAACUUAAACAUGCGCCUUUCUCAUUAAGAAAAAAGGUGUCGCAAUGUAUUUUUUUCACAAACAUCCAUUUUGAAUUUAAAAGUAAUCCAAAAAGUAAUCUAGGUUUUUAAAAGUAGGCAUCCGUAAUCGCAUAACAAUAUUUGUGCGGGUAAAGUAACUGAUUAGUUGAAUUUUUUUGUAAUCAGAUUACAUGUAACUCCCCAACCCUGAUUAGAUACAAUAACAWCCUUCAAACAUACUGUAUGAUGUUGAUAUUGGAACUUGACGUUGGAAAAUGCCAUUACUCUACAGUCAGUGCUUUCAGUAAAUGCAUAAUGUAUUCAAAUUUACCUGGCAAGCAGCAAAUACAUACAGUAAAUGCAAUGGCACUUGCUUAGGUUACAGUCACAUUUCCCCCACUGUUGUACAGAAACUGUUUUGGAAGUACAUGUUGAUACUGCUGAUAAAUGAUUGACUCAUUGCA